AAUUAACCAUCCAAGAGAUUCCUCGAGGAUCCACUUAAACGCGUUCAUAUUGCUUAAAUAAGGCUGUGAAUCUUCCGUCUCUCUUUCUUUUUUCUCUUACAAAAGCCCAUACUAAUUUUGAAAGAUCAGACGUUGACACUCUAACAAUUGCCUCAAACUUCACACCAACCCUGUUGGUCAAUCCAACCAAACACAAAAGGAGGAGCCAUGCCAGCUUCAAGUGAAACUCCAGUUAGGCUUGAGGGGACACUUCUUGCAAUUCUUGUGUGUUGGUUCCUUGGACUUGGCUCACUAGUUUCAUGGAAUAGUAUGUUGACGAUAGGAGACUACUACUAUGCGUUGUUUCCUGACUACCAUCCAUCAAGGGUACUUACACUCGUCUAUCAACCAUUUGCACUAGGAACAAUGGCAAUACUUGCUUAUAACGAGUCAAAGAUCGAUACUAGAAAACGUAAUAUCGCUGGAUACAUCCUCUUCUGUUUGAGCACUUUCGCACUUAUAGUGUUGGAUUUAGCUACGUCAGGGAAAGGGGGUAUCGGAAAUUAUAUUGGUAUAUGUGCAUUUGUUGGUGCUUUUGGAGUAGCAGAUGCUCAUGUCCAAGGCGGAAUGGUUGGCGACCUGUCUUUCAUGCGUCCAGAAUUUAUGCAGUCUUUCUUCGCUGGUUUGGCUGCAUCAGGAGCUCUAACCUCAGGUUUGAGGCUAAUGACAAAAGCAGCUUUUGAAAAUUCAGGAGACGGUCUUCGAAAAGGAACUAUGUUGUUUCUUGCUAUAGCCACAUUCCUAGAGUUCCUCUGCAUAUUUUUGUAUGCUCUAGUAUUCCCUAAACUACCAGUUGUCAAAUACUAUCGCUCAAAAGCAGCAUCUGAAGGAUCAACAACUGUUUCAUCCGAUCUUGCAGCUGCUGGCAUACAAAAAGAAGAAAUUCAACAAGCUGAGGACGAUGCUGACUCUAAAAAGAGGCUGACCAACAAAGAAUUGUUCUAUCAGAACAUUGAUUAUUUGUUGGACUUGUUUCUAAUCUAUGUCCUGACAUUGUCGAUUUUCCCUGGGUUCUUAUAUGAAAACACUGGUGAACACCAGUUGGGAUCAUGGUAUCCACUUGUUCUAAUAGCAAUGUACAAUGUGUUGGAUUUGAUUGGUAGAUACGUUCCAUUGAUAGAAUUUAUCAAGUUGGAAUCUCGGAAAGGCCUAAUGAUAGCAAUAUUAUCCCGUUUCUUGCUCAUCCCAGCAUUUUAUUUCACUGCAAAAUACGGUGAUCAAGGGUGGAUGAUCUUUCUUGUAUCAUUCCUUGGAUUAAGUAAUGGUUACCUAACUGUGUGUGUCAUGACAGUAGCUCCUAAAGGUUACAAGGGUCCGGAGCAAAAUGCACUAGGGAAUCUGCUGGUAUUAUUCCUGUUAGGCGGUAUAUUUGCAGGAGUUUCUCUGGAUUGGUUGUGGCUAAUUAAUAGUAGCACAGAGUUUUGAAGAAAGAACACAAUUAAGCCUAAGCGACGAAGUUGCUAAACACCCACACGGACAAAACAAGAACCAAAAAGCUGUUAUCAGCUAGUAUUACAUAUCAGCACUCAAUUGUUUACUGCAACUGUUUGUUCAUAUUUCUUUGUAAAUUAGUAGCUUGUAGAUUUCUACAAAGUGUGUAUCAUUUUAGAUAGAAGCUCUGAAAAAUAUUUAUUCCCUCAUUAUUAUUCAAGAGUAAUGGCAUAUCGCAAGUGAAAUUAUACAAUGGAAGUGUUUAUCUUAGUUAUAC